AUGCGCGUCGGUACCAUGAACCCUUGGCAUCUCACCACCAAGAGAAGAAUCUGCCUCGACAUGCUCUUGUCACCACCCACCAACUCAAAGCCUCUUACACCGGCCACCAAUUGCCACCGUGGUCAUGACAUGAGGUUGCUGGACGUCCAAAUCUCGACGAAACGUCAAUUUGGAUCGUUCCCGCAGGCGUGGGAACCCAAGAUUGAGGGCCGAUGGUCCGAGUACCACAGCACCACCAUCGACGCGGUUCACCACCACACAAACCCCAAUUUCUCCAACUCGCUUGUCGUCCCUUGCGUCUUGCGUCUUGCUUCUUGCCCUCUUGAGUGCGGCUCCGACGAAUCGCCACGAUUAUUCCUCUCUUCGCUGACGGUACCUGUCUCUGUACCUGGAGCCAAGCUACUUUCGCUUCGGCUUUCGAUCCGCCAACUUCGCAUCCCGUGA